AUGACUGAUUGUGGUUAUGUUAAAGCGCAAUCCGAUAAUUUACCCAGAAUUGAUAUGUUCAUGAUGAGCACGUACUUUUCAUCAAACUUGGAUUACACAUCUGCUGAAAUCAAAGGAGUGAAAGCUGCAAGUGAGGAAGUUGGUGACAGGGAGAACCAAUUGAUGAAAUAUUAUAAUCAGCCGAGCAACUGUGAUGAACUAUCUAUUCAUCAUUUGGUGUGUAUGAUAAAGAACAAACCAAAAAAUACACAAGAGUUUAUUAAAUUUUGCAAACAGACUGAAGUAUGUAAAGAAGCUGCACUUGCCACUCUAGAACAAGUAACUGUCCUUUAUGAACAAACUAUAGAAGGAAAACUUAAUUUACAAAGACUAAACAUACACAUGGACAGUUUAUAUUCAGAAGUUAUCGUUUAAAAAGAACUCGCAAGUCGAAUUGUUUAAAAACACAGAUUUUAUGCAAUCUUUUUUGUAAGUCCGUACUCCGUAUUUACCUACUUUAAAAUCAGAUAUAACCUAUUUCUUCAAAAGAAAACUUGGCAACCCUAGCCAUUACCUUCGUCCAUUCCAUCACACUCGCCGCUGCCUUUUUCUCGUGAAUCUACGCCUUCGAUAUCAUCCAACAAGUCCUCAGCAAAUAAAAGAAAAGGAACAUUAAUAAAUGAAGCUUACAAAGCCUUUAAACAAGACGACGAAUAUGAUGGCAUAAGCUCGAACGUAGCAUGUAAGUUGCGGCGUAUGAAAGAUGAGCAAAGGUUGUAUGCAGAAUCAUUGAUUAAUAAAGUAUUACUGUGCGGAAUAAGACAAAGGUUGACAGAAGAAACUAAUCUUACUGGUCCUGUGCACACACAGUCACAAAAUGCAAAAACAUCGUCACAGUUAGCGCAGGUAGAUCAGAGACAAUAUUUUAUCUCAGUCAAUGUUAGAAGAUACUUCAUCAGGAAUUAUUGCAUGGAAUAUGAGCAGCCAUCACAAGAGGUAGAACGUUAUGAUGGAUCCAGUGCUAUAUUCACAGCAUAA